AUGUCCACUUCAAUCAUUCAUCGGCUGAACGAAGACACCCUCCUUGCCGUCCUCUCUUAUCUUGCGAGCCACGACGCGGUACAACUCGCUCGUUCAUGCAAGUUCAUGUACGCGCUCCCCUGUCCAAGCUUCAGCGUGAAGAUCUCCCACCUUGAACAAUACAAACUACGUCGGACGGCUGAGGCGAUCUGCCGGCCUGGUUAUUCCUGCGCGACCUACUUGUAUAAUCUCGACUUAGCUUUGAUGUCGAAUCAAGAGGACAACAUAAAGGCCGUGGCCGACAUCCUCGGGACCGCCAGGAACCUCCACAGGCUGAGGCUUUGCUACGUGUUCCAGCAAGGAUGGAUGGAAUAUCCAUCGAUCGUCCACGCUCUCACUCAACUGAAGGAUCUGCGAACACUCAAUUAUUCUCCCGUCUUCCUCGACGACAACGUGUCCGUCGCCGCCACGGACAUCCUCUACCUCUUCCCCAACCUCGACUCGCUCGAGCUCUCCCCAAGCCACGAACGACAUCCGAUGCAAGGCCACACGGAUCCCCGGCCGAGAUGGCUCAAGGUCUCGGGCCGGCUCACCGUGGCCAUCUACGGCCCGACAAGAUGGGUCAGUGGCGUUGUCGCGCUCGAAAGUGCCCAGCUGCAGACCAUCCUCGUCGAGCUGCUCGAGCGCCGCGCGAGCCCCGUCCCGCGCUUCGAGCUCGCCGGCGAGUGGGAGUUCACCCGCGACGGCGUCACCGGCGUCGAUGCCGCCACGUCGCGCCGCCUCACCCGCCUCCUCGUGGCGCUCCAGCCGCUCACCCUUCCAGUGCACGCCGGCUUCCAGAGCACGGACAACAAGCUCGACGGCCGGAUCUGGGAGGUCCUGGUGAGCCCGUCUGCCGCGGAGCUCGUAAACCCCAUCACCCAGGCGAGAGUCCCGCGGGAAACGCUGCCUGCGGCGCUGGCGCGGCUCCCGCUCCGCUGCCUGUUCAUCGACGCCAGCCCGGUGAACCCGCCGGCCGGCCGGCCUGGCUUGCCCUUCAAAGAACUGGAGCGCGUCCAAGCGUUGGAUGCGCUCCCCGCGAAGCUGCUUGCCGCGCUCCCGAAGAUGCGAGUGAUUGGAAUAAUGGGGAUGGCGGCGCUGCCGGACGCGGCGAUGGACAGCACGCACUUCGAAUGGAUUCUGGAGGACCUGGCAGAAUGGAGGAAGGAGCACGGCGAGCGGAACACGCGGUGGUGGCGCGUCGACGGCGAAGGGGCGGAGCGGAAGCUGGUCGAGCUCUGGCGCGAGUACGGCGAGCAAGCGCAGAGGAUCAUCGAAGAUUCUGAGAGGUAUCGCGUCGCAGACCUGGACGCUAUAUACUUGGACAAGUGCCGGUAUGAUCCCUGA